CGCAAUCUCACUCUGAAACCGGCUGCUUAUUUCGAUUCGCGUCGGACAACACAAGAAGAGCAUCAGCAUCACGCGCCCAUCGCUUGCUCGCCUUUCCCCUCCCCUCUUCCCCUUCGGCUUUCCCUCGGCUCCAACUCCAAGCAGCUGAAACGGCCCGCGGAGCUCCUCCAGCCCAGGUUACUCACGGUUGGAAUUAGGCCCUGCUGAGCACCCCCAGCCAUGAGUUGCGGGAGUUCUGAAAACACUACCAGAAAAUGCAGGACACAUUCAACACCAGGUGAAACGAUGUAUCUACAUACUGCCAAUGCUAAAAAGAUCACUCACUACCAAGCUAAUCUGCCAACAGAAAUGGAUCGCAAUACCGGCGCCUACCCUGUGAAGCACCACUUUCCGUCUCCUAUAGUUUCUUGGAUAGAAGACCUUUCGAGCUUUGGUGAUGUUCCUUUUACCCAUGAUACUGAAUACGUGGAUGAGCAAUCAACACCUUCGUUCGGGCAGUCUUCUGCAUCUAGCAAUUUGCAUGACAUGCAGAUAUCAGUGAGAUUGACAGACGAAUUCAUGGAACUUGCAAAGGAGAACACAAGCAAUAAUCUAGAGACCUGUGGAAUUCUUGGUGCUUCAUUUAGAGAUGGAACAUAUUAUGUGACAACAUUGAUCAUUCCAAAGCAAGAAGGAACUGCUCACUCAUGUCAAGCUUCUAACGAGGAGGAGAUACACGCCGUAUUAUCAGAGCAGUCACUUUACCCUGCAGGGUGGAUACAUACUCACCCUUCACAAACAUGCUUUCUAUCGUCGAUCGAUUUGCAUACUCAAUUCUCUUAUCAGGUCAUGUUACCAGAAGCUGUUGCGAUUGUUGCUGCUCCCACCGAUCCCACUAGGAGCUAUGGUAUAUUCAGGUUGACAGAUCCAGGAGGCAUGGAUGUGCUCAGGGAGUGCAGUGAGAGUGGGUUCCAUACUCACCGAGAGACGACGAACGGCGGUCCAAUAUAUGAAACCUGCUCCAAUGUGCAUUUCAAACCUAAUUUGCGGUUUGAGAUUGUCGAUCUGCGUUCUGGUGCGUGACCAAUCAGGCAUACCCUCUGGCAUAGUAUGUAAGUAUGUGACGCAUAUGCCAUAGAUAAUAUAUCUUACUGGUGACUGUUAGUCAGUUUGAUGGGCGUGUUAAAAAAUGGUGUUACCCAACCUAAGAUGUCAACUACUAGCUCUGAACUGUUUCGUUGUAAUGUGGUGCGCCUGAAAAAACAGGCACGCUCGUCUGAUGUGUUUAAUGUACCAGAUAAUUGCCAGUGCGUUGCAAUGAGGCCAAAUAAAAUUAUGUUUUUUGAAAAAA